CUCUGUAGGCUCGCGCUCCGUCACAGCACAGAGGAGGAGAGCGCGCGCAGCUUGUCUUCAUCAGUAUGUACCGGGGCUGAGGGACCGCACCGUGUGUGUGUGUGUGUGUGUGUGUGUGAGAGGGAGAACAUGGCCUCCUCGUGCAGCAGCUCACCGGAGGGAGGAUCCCCACCGCAACAGGGCCGCGUGCGGCAGUCGGACAGUAACACCAGUUUCUUAAGAGCAGCAAGAUCCGGAAAUGUUGACAAAGUUUUGGAGCUACUAAAGGGAGGACAAGACAUCAGUACCUGUAACCAGAAUGGGUUAAACGCGCUUCAUCUCGCUGCUAAAGAAGGUCACGUGGAGCUGGUGGAGGAGCUGCUGGAGAGAGGAGCACCUGUAAACUCAGCUACCAAGAAAGGAAACACUGCUCUCCACAUCGCCUCAUUGGCUGGACAGAGGGAAGUGGCCAAGCUCUUGGUGAAAAGAGGAGCAGAUGUGAACUCCCAGUCCCAGAAUGGCUUCACUCCACUCUACAUGGCUGCUCAGGAGAAUCACCUGGAUGUUGUGCGCUACCUGCUGGAGAAUGGAGGCAACCAGAGUACAGCCACCGAGGAUGGCUUCACCCCGCUAGCAAUCGCACUGCAGCAGGGUCAUAACCAGGUGGUGUCUCUGUUACUGGAGAAGGACACCAAAGGGAAAGUGCGUUUACCCGCUCUGCACAUCGCCGCCCGCAAAGACGACACCAAGUCUGCUGCACUUCUGCUCCAGAACGACCACAACGCUGACGUCCAGGCCAAGAUGAUGGUCAACAGAACGACUGAGAGUGGCUUCACUCCACUCCACAUCGCUGCUCAUUACGGAAACGUUAACGUUUCUACUCUGCUACUGAACCGUGGCGCUGCUGUGGACUUCACUGCCCGGAACGGGAUCACUCCUCUGCACGUGGCGUCUAAACGGGGAAACACCAACAUGGUGUCCCUGCUGCUCGACAGGGGCGCGCUGAUCGACGCUAAAACCAGGGAUGGACUGACUCCACUACACUGUGCUGCCAGAAGUGGUCAUGAUGCCGCAGUGGAGCUGCUGUUAGAGAGAGGAGCUCCGAUACUCGCACGAACCAAGAACGGGCUGUCCCCGCUGCACAUGUCUGCACAGGGCGAUCAUGUCGAGUGUGUAAAGCACCUGCUGCAGUACUCGGCGCCAGUUGAUGAUGUAACUCUGGAUUACCUUACCGCUCUGCAUGUCUCCGCCCACUGUGGCCAUUAUAGAGUCACAAAAUUACUGCUGGACAAGAGAGCCAAUCCCAACGCGCGAGCACUGAAUGGCUUCACGCCGCUGCACAUUGCCUGUAAGAAGAACAGAGUUAAAGUGAUGGAGCUGCUUGUGAAAUAUGGAGCCUCCAUUCAGGCCAUCACUGAGUCGGGUCUGACUCCGAUCCAUGUGGCGGCAUUUAUGGGUCACCUAAACAUUGUUCUGCUGUUGCUGCAGAACGGAGCCUCACCGGACAUUUGCAACGUCCGGGGAGAGACGGCCCUGCACAUGUCAGCGAGGGCGGGGCAGAUGGAAGUGGUUCGCUGUCUGCUGAGAAACGGAGCCCGCGUGGACGCAACAGCCAGAGAGGGUCAGACCCCCCUCCACAUUUCGGCGAGGUUGGGCCAUAUCGAAACGGUGCAGCUGUUGUUGCAGCACAUGGCCGAUCCUGACGCUGCCACCACUAACGGGUACACACCUCUGCACAUCGCUGCCCGAGAGGGACACACACAUAUUGUCUCUGUACUGCUGGAGGCUGGGGCCACUCACGCACUGACAACAAAGAAAGGGUUUACGCCUCUGCAUGUAGCAGCCAAGUACGGAAGCCUGGAGGUUGCCAAACUCCUCUUGCAGCGCAGAGCCCUGCCUGAUGAAGCUGGAAAGGAUGGUCUCACUCCUCUGCAUGUGGCAGUUCAUUAUGAUAACCAGCAGGUUGCACUUCUGCUGCUAGAUAAAGGCGCGUCACCUCAGAGCACAGCCAAGAAUGGAUACACCCCGCUCCACAUUGCAGCAAGGAAGAACGAGCUGCAGGUGGCGAAAGCGUUGUUGCAGAAGGGGGCGGAGCCUGGGGCAGCGACACGGCAGCUGAUGACCCCGCUUCACCUUGCUGCUCAGGAGGGACAUGACGACAUGGCCGCCCUACUGCUGGACCAUGGAGCUAUUGUUAAUGCUGUUGCAAAAAAUGGUCUCACUCCUCUACAUCUUGCUGCUCAGGAGGACAGAGUGAAUGUGGCGGAGAUUCUUGUUAAACAUGGUGCAAACUUGGACCACCAAACAAAACUGGGUUACACCCCUCUCAUCGUUGCCUGUCACUAUGGAAACGUGAAGAUAGUGAACUUCCUGUUGCAGCAUGGGGCAAAUGUAAACACCAAAACUCGAAAUGGAUACACACCACUUCACCAAGCAGCUCAGCAGGGAAACACACACAUCAUUAAUGUUCUGCUUCAGCACGGUGCGAAGCCCAACGCUGUAACCAUGAACGGGAACACAGCUCUCUCUAUUGCUAAGCGUCUAGGCUACAUCUCUGUGGUGGACACACUGAAGGUCGUCACUGAGGAGAUCAUCACCAUGACGACAACGGUGACAGAGAAGCACAAACUCAACGUUCCUGAGACAAUGACAGAAGUUUUGGAAGUUUCUGAUGAAGAAGGUGAGGACACAAUGACGGGAGAUGGAGGAGAGUAUCUAAGGGCGGAGGAUCUGAGAGAGUUGGGAGACGACUCUCUGUCUGGCCAGUUCCUGGAUGGCAUGAGCUACUUCAGCCACAACCUGGACAGGGCUCAUUAUACUUCACCUCACCUGGGCUACCAAAGAGAUGGAGUUCUCAUUGAGGACAUGAUCACAAGCCACCAGGUAUCAGCUCUGUCCAGAAAGCAUGAGAAGGAGUCGUAUCGGUUGAGCUGGGGAGCUGAACACCUAGACAACGUAGUCCUGACUAACACUUUGCUGCAGUCUGGGUUCCUGGUCAGUUUCAUGGUAGAUGCAAGAGGUGGGGCCAUGCGUGGUUGCCGUCACAACGGCCUACGCAUCAUAGUCCCACCCAGGAAGUGUUCAGCUCCGACACGCGUGACCUGCAGGCUGGUGAAGAGACACCGUGUGGCGACGAUGCCUGUGGUGGAGGGAGACGGAAUUACAGGACGUAUCAUAGAGCUGGGACCUACAGGAUCACCAUUUCUUGGGAAGUUACACUUGCCUACAGCUCCACCUCCUCUUAACGAGGGAGAAAGUUUGGUGAGCAGGAUCUUGCAGCUUGGCCCACCAGGAACCAAAUUCCUUGGACCGGUGAUUGUGGAGAUCCCUCAUUUCGCUGCUCUGCGUGGUUCUGAGCGAGAACUUGUGGUUCUGCGUAGUGAGACAGGAGAGAGCUGGAGAGAACACCACUGUGAGCACACUGAGGAGGAACUUAACCAGAUCCUCAACGGCAUGGACGAGGAAUUGGACUCACCUAAGGAGCUGGAGAAGAAGCGGAUCUGCCGCAUCAUCACUCGGGAUUUCCCACAGUUCUUUGCGAUAGUGUCUCGGAUACGGCAGGACAGUCACCUUAUUGGCCCAGAAGGUGGCGUUCUCAGCAGCUCAUUGGUUCCUCAAGUGCAGGCGGUGUUUCCUGAAGGAGCUCUGACAAAGAGGAUCCGUGUUGGACUACAGGCUCAGCCAAUAGGUGCUGAGGUAGUGAAGAGAAUUUUAGGUAACAAGGCGACGUUCAGCCCUAUCGUGACUCUGGAGCCUCGGAGACGCAAAUUUCACAAACCCAUCACUAUGACGAUCCCUAUCCCCAAAACCUCCACCAGUCAAGGCGACAGCAGCAGCGUGCUAGGGGAGACGCCCACUCUGCGUUUGCUGUGCAGCAUUACAGGAGGUACCACACCAGCACAGUGGGAGGACAUCACUGGUUCGACUCCUCUUACCUUCAUCAAUCAGUGUGUCUCCUUCACUACCAACGUCUCGGCUCGGUUUUGGCUUAUAGACUGCCGUCAGUCUCAGGAGUCAGUGACGUUCUGCACACAGCUGUACAGGGAGACCAUCUGCGUUCCCUACAUGGCCAAGUUUGUCAUCUUCGCUAAAACGCUGGAUCCGAUUGAGGCAAGGCUGCGGUGUUUUUGCAUGACAGACGACAAGAUGGACAAGACUCUGGAACAGCAGGAGAACUUUACAGAGGUGGCCCGCAGCCGAGAUGUGGAGGUUCUGGAAGGAAAGCCCAUUUACACAGAUUGUUUCGGAAACCUUAUUCCUCUGACUAAAAGCGGACAGCAUCACGUCUUCAGCUUUUAUGCCUUUAAGGAGAACCGUCUCGCUCUUUUCAUCAAGAUCCGUGACAGCGCACAAGAACCAUGUGGUCGACUCUCUUUCACCAAAGAACCGAGGACUUACCGUAGUCUGAACCUCAACGCCAUCUGCAACCUGAACAUCACACUUCCUGUUUACUCAAAGGAGUCUGACUCAGACCAGGAUGCUGAUGAAGAGAGUGAGAAGACGCACGACAAAUAUGAGGACGAGACUGAAUCCACAGAAUUCUCCACACUGCACACACACAUGGUCCACGACCCGGCCACGCUCGCCAGUCCUGAUCUCCUCUCAGAUGUCUCAGAUAUGAAGCAGGACCUUAUUAAAAUAUCUGGCUUCCUAUCCAAUGAAGUUUCAGAGUCGUCUCUGGUGGAUGGAUUAAAAUACUGUAUAGAUGAAGAAGAAGAGCCAUUUGAGAUAGUUGAGAAGGUCAAAGAGGACUUGGAAAAAGUGGGAAAGAUUCUUAGUGUUGGAGACACUGGUAAAGACACUGAAAACCCUAAGUUUAGUAAUAAAGUGGCAGCAGAAGAGAAAAGCCAAGUCAUCGAACCUGUACUUAGAGAGGUGAGAAUCACUAGGGCCACUGACUGCAGAUCUGCACCCCAAAAGGAUGCGUCUGAAUUGGUUACACAUCUUAGUAAAGACUUGGAGAGCUAUCUUCAGGACCUGCCUGUGACUGCUCAACCUGUCCAUGAAGAGAAUACCAUCGAAGAGACUUUCACAGAAGUUGUGCUACCUCGGAAAUGUCAUCCUCCACGAAUUAAAAAACCAGCAAGAAGGAAGCUUAAAGAUCGAGAGGUUGUAAGCUGUAGUUCUGACGAUGAGCUGGAGAGGAUGAGCUCUGAGGAAUCACUAGAUGGAGACACACUUCUUGGAGACUCUGAGAUUGGCGUGCCACCUGUGUCUCCUAAAGUUGUUGAGACACCCAUUGGAUCCAUCAAAGACAGGGUCAAAGCACUUCAGAAGAAAGUGGAAGAGGAGGAAAAGGAGGAGAGUGUCAAAGUUAGAGAGGGGAGACGAGUGACAGCUGUCCAGAGAAAAGAUUUUCUGACCAUGAGAGAAGCGGAGGAACAUCAUACUCCAGCUCCUAAAUCUCCGAAAUCUCCUCGCUCUCAGACUGAGAGAAUAGAGCACUCCAUGUCUGUGAAGGAGCUAAUGAAAGCAUUUCAAACUGGACAAGACCCGUCAAAGAGCAAAUCGGGACUUUUUGAACAUAAAGUGAUCACUACAGUUGUGGUUACAUCUACAACAGAUGUUUCUAAGGAAACUACAAAUGGUCAAAUAUCUGACCUUCCAAGCUCUAAAAUUAAACCAUCAGUAGAAGAAAUUAGGUCUCAGUGGAUCACAGAAGAAUCAUCACAAAUCAUCCAUGACCAAUCCAUCCAUGAGCAGGCAUUAAGUACAUCAGAGGAUCCUAGCAUUAGCAGGCUUCAUUGUGAGAGCAGUGUAAGAGAAGAACCAUGUAAAGCAUCAGAUAAACACAUAAUUCAGCAUGGCGAGCAAGGAGAAGCUUCAGAUAUGUCACGUGAGAAAGAGAUGUUUUUUAGUGAGGAAAAUAAAGAAUGCUCUAAGGAUCUGGAUGAAGAAGAAAUACAAGCUAAAGACUCAAGAGUAACUUUGAAGGUGUGGCAUGAGGAACCUGAAGAACAGCAUAGUCCUACAAUACUGCACACCCAAAGACUAAGUUCUAGCCAUGAACGGAAAACAUCUGAAGAACCUCAAAUUAGCCCUGACCGUAGACCUUCUGAAGACUUUAGUGCUGUAAUCAAGGAAGAACUCGAGGAGAGUCCAGAGUAUCAGCUGUUUAUCCAGGCAGCAGGUCCAUCCCCAGUCAGCUACAAGUCAUACAGGGAGACUCGCAUUAUACAACACACUGAUCAGGAAGAGCACACGGCUGUGGAGCACCAUUCAUACAAACUAAAGCCAGCAGUCAGAUUUGCUCCUUCAGUGGUCCGGAGUGAGAAAUUUAUUUCAAAUAUAAUUCAUGAUGAGGAAACAAAUGAAAAACUCAACUGGAAUGUGCAAGCAGGUGAAGAGUCAACUGAAGUUAUGUACAGUAGCAGGGCACUUAAAACUAACUUAGAAGAUGAAACUUAUGAAAAACAAACCAGAGAAAUCAGUCCAGGAAAGAUAAUUUUAAGUGAGCAAAAGGUUAAAACACUCACAGAGACAGUAGAUGAGCCUAAGGAGGAGAGUGCAAUGCAACUAGCAUACACAGAGAGUGGAAGUCCAACUAAAGGUCCAGUCCAAACAAUUCUUAAAGAAACAAAAGAGGCAAAAGAGAAUGACCAGCGAGAUCAAAACACAGUGCAAGGUUCAUUUUUUCAUGAGGAGAUCAAAGGUCCACUUCAUAUGGAGAUGGAAUUUAUGCACAAGUCACCCACGGAUAUCGAAAGCCAUGCCCUGACAGAGAAGCAAAUCAGUUUUCAGGUUGAAAGCGACCAGUUGAAUCAGGAUGUAGGGAGCAAUACCAUUUCCUUAGGAGAAGCUCAAAGGUUAACUGCAGCACCUGGCCUGGACGACCCAAAGCCUGGACCUCAAAUAAACUCACCUGAAAUUACUCCUGAUGAAGAGGAUCUCUCUUAUUAUAUGUCUCCUGACUUGGUGCAGGAAUCAUCAACAGAAAUCAAAUGUGCAGUCCAAUCAGAGCUUAAGGAAACACAUUUACAUGAGACAGAGCAAGAAUUCAAGGAUGUGUAUAUAACUACAGUGGAAAAGAAGACUGUUACAGAAACACAAACCCAAGAGGUGGAAAUGGGUUCUACUGUUGAGUCUGAUAUUUUAGUUCAGGGUCUGGAUGACAGAUACGAGGCUCCUGUACCUGAGGAAUCCAAACAAAUUAGAGGACUUUAUGAGGGUUCUUCUGAAAAGAUUCAGGAAAUUCAGCAAAUGCUGUAUUCCACAUCUCGCCCUGCCCUUACUGAUGACCAUGUAACAAGUGAUCCUGAACUUGUUUGCAAAUCAGACUCACAGGAAAUGACAACAACUGGUGAGGAGGACUUCUUUACUCAUGGGCCUCCUGACUCAGUGCAGGUAGCAUCCAGAGAAAUCAAAAGUCCAGUCCAAACUGAGAGAAGAGGGUUACAUGAGACAGAAGAAGAACAGGAGCAUGUAUAUAAGACUACAGUUGAAAGGGUGUCACUUUCUGAAAUCCAAACACAAAUCCAGACAGAGCAGGAAAUAGGUGUUCAUGUGGGAGAUGAUUAUCCAGUUCAAGAUCUUGAUGGGACCUAUCAAGUUUACGCACACAAAGAAACAAAACAAACAACAGAUAUUUUGUGUGAGGAAACUGCUGAGUUUGAAGAAUAUCAUGAAAUUCAUCAAAGGUCGUAUAGUGUUGUUAAACUUUGCGACCUGCAGCCUGUAACAACAAGUGCCUUCCAGGGAGACCCCAAGGCGACUAAAUCUGGUCAAACUGAUCUCUCUCCUCUUGACUCAAUGCAGGAAUCAUCAACAGAAAUUAAGAGCCUAGUCCAAUCAGAGCUUGAGAAAACACAUUGCCAAGAAUCAGAAAUGGAAGACCAGCAUGGGUUUAUGACUACUGUUGAAAAACCUUCAAAAUGUCCAGAGCUAACAGGGCAGGAAGUAAAUGUUGAGGUUGAAGAUGAUUGUUUAUUGGAACUGCAUGCCAGCUACAGAGUUGCAACAGUUAAAGAAACUGCAACAUGUGAAAGGCUUCAGGAAAUUCAGCAAACUUUGUCUAGACCAUACAAUUUAGAAGACCUCCAGUCUGUAAUAAUGAGUGACUCUAAAAGUUUAUGCCACGGAGAUUCAUUAGAGACUACACCUAUUAUGGAAGAUUUGUCUUCUAAAAAGUCUCCUGAUUCCAUUGAGCCAAGUCCAACCAAGGACUUUCCAUGUCCUGACUCUUUAGAAACAAGUCCCAUAGCCCAGAGACCAGACACCAAAAGCCCAGAGCUAUUUUAUCAAAUCAGCAAUGACUUGCAAAACAAUCAGCCAGAAAUCAGCCUGACAGAAAACAUACAGCUAGAAGUUAGUAAUAAAAUGAUAGUUCAAGAAGAAGGUGAGAUUCCUGACUCACAGUGCCUUUCAACACUCUCAAAGCCAUCUUCACUGAAUGAAGAAAACCUCCAAAGCAGUGGUCCAGUACAAAGACAGGCCACACCAAAUGAAGAGGUUCUAUAUACAAGUAGGGAAAUUGAAAAAAUCCAUGAAAGUAAGGAUCCUGAAAUGGAGGCAUUUGAUUCAGCCAGUUCUGUAGAGCUCACAGGGGAGAAUGUAAUGACCAAAGCAAUGUUAAUCCAAAGUGAGGAUAAUUUAGCCUUAUCUUCUGAAACUCCUGACACAAAGGAGCCAUCAGUGCCUUUUCAGCAAUCUCAAGAGGAAAAUGAUGAGGAAGAUCAUGAGAUCAAUGAAAUGAAAAAGCAAUUUACUCCUGAGGAAAAGAUGUUUAAGAUGGCAGCAAAAAUCAGGGUCUUUGAUGAGAUUGAAAAGGAAACCAAAACGAGAAAGGUCCGAUUUGAUUUUUCCACUUCAUCCCAGGAUAGAGAUUAUGAGGUUAGGGAAAAUGAAGAUCUUCAGUCCUGUGAUGAAAGUCCAUUAGAUUACGAAGAGGACGACAGAAAGCAGGAGUGUGGACCCGAGUCCAUAUGUACAUCACUAACUGAAGUACCACAAGAGGAACCUGAACAAAUCCUAAGUGAAAGUCAGAUCUUAGCGUUGCCUUCAAACCAUGAAUAUGGAGCUUCAAACAUUGGUGAGCUGAAGAUGGAAUCAUUACCUAUGCAAAUUUACAUUGAUAAAAAGGAGCUGAGUCAUGAAGACUUUUCUCCUGAGUGCCUUAUCAAAGAAAACAAUGUUGACACGAUGGUGGCAUUGCCUGAAGAUUCAGCUGCUAUGUUAGUGAGUAAUGCUGAUAUUGAGCGUCACAGGGUCGAUGAGAAAACUGGAGAAAUCCCCUGGCCCCAGUGUCCUGUAUAUGAUGGAAAAGCUAUGGAAGAACAACCACACCCAUAUGGUUAUGAAGAGAUUCAUGGAGAAAAAUCGCAAAGCAUUUCAGAAAAGUUUCAGGGAGAUUUAGUUCCUUGGAGUGUAGAUGUGAAGGAUGAUGAACGGCAUAUCUCAGACACUCGGUCUCCGCAGUCUACACCUGAAAUGCCUCCUGCUCAGACUGAAAAUGGACAGCCGAACCCUUUCCUGUUCCAGGAGGGGAAACUCUUUGAAAUGACAAGGGGUGGUGCUAUUGAUAUGAGCAGAAGGAGCAUGGAGGAAGACCUGGAUGCUUUUGUCUUUUUCCCAAUAAGUGAGGAUCCUGCUGAGGAUGGGGCUUGCGAGCAAGUCAGUCAAAGUGCAACAGAAUUUAGCACCUCACUGGAAACUUCAUUAGACAUAAAAAGUGUUGAUUUACCUCAAGAUGUUUUUGAUCCAUCAGAUGAGACCAGAGAUUCAGAAAGCCACAGUGACUCAGAGAGCCCAAAAGAAGAAAAAUAUCUGGAAUUUGAUUCAUCAAUAGCAGACAUUGAUACCGCCACGUCUACAGUGACCCGAUCUAUCUACUCCGAGCAAGAUAUGGAGUCGUCUGAUUCAUCAGCAGAGGAAGAUCAGCAGUCAGUUGUUGAAAUGCCGACACCUACUCAAGAUGAUUUUAUGAUCCCUAGUGGAGAGACAUUACAGAUACCAUCACACUGGUCUCCCAGCUCAUCUAGUGAUAAUGUCGCAGAACCUGAAAGCAGGAAACCAAAAUCAAGGAUUCCAGUCAAAGUGACCAGCUUUGACAACAAUUUGGGCAAAGGUGAGUCUACUGAGCAAAACCAAAGGCCCAAAUCAGAAACAGAUAUCUAUUUCUCUGACCUCAUCAGUGGAAUCCAUUCUUCGUCAGUGAAACCCAAGACACCAGUAUCUAAAAUACCAGUGUCUGUAGAACAUGCAUUAUCAGGUACACUUCAUUCAGGUCAAACUAAUGAAGAUGGUGGUAAUGAAAUGUAUUCAGAUGACAAGGACAGUCCCCAAACUGUCUUUGAUGGAGAUAGCAGGUCCAAACCCUUCCAAACCCGGUCUGUAGGAGAGGACAUAUUUGAAACCAGACCAAACUGGGAGGAUUGUGUAGAGACACAGAUGCAGCGACUCUCAGGCAGCAGUAGUCCAGAUCAGAGUAAAGUGGACUGGAGUGAUGAUGCUGAUCGUAAAGAGGAGAUUUUGUCCAUCAUUGCUGAUCUUCUGGGGUUUAGCUGGACAGAGUUAGCUAAAGAGCUUGAGUUCAAUGAGAAUGAAGUUCAGCAUGUCCGAGUGGAGAACCCGAACUCACUGCAGGAACAGAGUAGCGCUCUUCUUCAGCGCUGGAUCGAGCGCGAGGGCAAACACGCCACAGAGGACUGUCUUCUAAACAAACUGACCAAAAUAAACCGCAUGGACAUUGUCCACCUUAUCAAAACACAGCUUAACAAAACAAUGCAGGAACAAACGUCCAGAACUUACUCAGAGAUUGAGAGGACACUGGACCACAGUGAAGCUCUGUCCUCAGUGCAGGAGGUCAGUCCACGGAUGGUGAGGAGAGCGGAUGUGUCCCAGAAGCCCCCAGCUGCAGUAUCAGAGGAGGACCUAUCGAUGGCAUCACUGCUUGACAUUCCAUCCUGGGCGGAGCCUGUAGGGCACACCCACUCCGGGAGUAUCCAUGGAGACAUGCUAGAGGAGCUGGAGGUCACACAAGAUGAGUGGGCGUGUCAGGAGGGUGCACCCAACUCCACACACUUGGCUCCACAAGCACCGCUCUCAGGUGCAGGUCAGAAUGCAGAUCAGGCUUUGACUGAACCUGAAGAACACAAUAUCCUGAGUAUCUUACCUGCAGCAAAAUCUCCAAAGCCAUACAUCUUCAGCUUCAGUCAGUCCUCCAUUGACAAGUUUUCACAUGAGCUUUCAUCAGUUUUGCACUCAAACCAAGCUCAGUUUUCAACAAACAUGUCACAUGAACAUGCUGAGGAACUUCUGGGAUUUCCACCCGAUGAUCUUUCUCCUGUGUAUGAGAAAAGUGACAUGGAAGAAAGUGAGAAGUCCUCCUCAGAGUUUCUACAGUCUCGUCUCUCUGGCUCUGAUUCCUACAGAGUCCUGCAGCACACUGAGGGUGAUCAGGGACCUGGAGAGGAACUCACUUCUUCAGUGGACGAAAUGAUGAAGAGUUCUGCUCCAGAGGAUUGUAAACAGAAAACCCCAGACCUAAUUAGGACACCGUCUGAGUCUGAUUUCAUUUUUGUAAAUCCUGAAUCUGAUCAACUUUCAGCUGAAGAACAUGCUGAGCUGAAGUCAGCAUGUGAUUAUGAAGGUAACAUGGAGAAACAGCAACCAUCAGAAGGUUGGAAUGAAGUGCCUCAAAUAUUUGAAGCAGAGGUGAAGGCUGUUAGUUCAGAGAUAUCUACUCUGAUGACACCACAUGUCCAAGAUGAUACAGCUCAUGAACAAUCUAUAGACCAGAGACAUCAAGAGGAUCAACAACUUUCUCCAAAAGAACAAAAACAUGAUCAAGAAACCCACAGCACCUACACUGAAGAUGCUGAAAUGCAGCAAGACUGUUUCAUUUUGAAAGACAGCAUUGUUCAGCAAGACAUUUCCCCAUUUUCUCACUCAGAUGUUUCUCCACAAACACCAGACACGGUCCGAGUCACACAGCAAUUUGAGUUUGGUGAAACUCUUUGGGGACCAGAAAGAACCUCUGACCAUAAAUCAUAUCAGUUUUCGAUCAAGGCUCCUGAGGCACCAACAUCACACAGCUCAAAACGUCCACAUUCAGAAUCUUUACUGUCUGAUAAUCAAACUAAAUUUUUAGAGGCAGCUUCAUUCAGUCACAGCUUCUCAGAAUUUGACCAGACCACUGUACGCUCUUUAAGCACUGAUGAAGCUCUUGCAUUACUUCAAAAACUUGUUCCUACAGAAAAUCUAUUAACAUCUGAAUGUGUCAACUUGGGAAUUACCAAGUCAAGAACAUCUGAAGGUGAUGAUACAACACUGCAAAACCUUUCCAAAGCUGAGGAGCCUGAAAUCAUAAAAAUUCAGAAAGGACAAGAGAAUUUCCAGUCUGUCCUCCACCUACCUGAAGAACAGAUGUUCUUCACAAAAUCAAGCUACUCAGAAUUAGCACUAGAACAAAAUGUAGCCUGGGCAACAUCCAUUAGCAUGAAGACCCAACAAAAUGGCACUAAAAGUCCUAUUACUUCUCAGAGCGGGGAAGAGGAGAACCAAGAUUCUCUCCAGGACAGCAUAAAGGCACCAUUCAUCCAAGAAGCUUUAAAAAAGUCAGAAGAUAAACAUAAAAUGUGUUCUUCUGAAGAAGCUCCUCGUAAUGAGGAUGUUACGGAUGAUGAUUAUAAUGAUGAUGAUAAUCUGAGGAGGGUUCAUGUGGAAGCUGCUGUUCCUCUGCAGACUGAGCCUAAGGAACUGUACAUGGAUGAACGGGAAAUCCUUCACACUACACAGGUGGGUCAGAGGGCAGUGGUCAGACGGUGUGCAUCGACAGAGGACGGAACCAAAGGCCAUACCCACUCAAGAGCAGUGAAAAGAACAGUGGUGAAGAGUGAUGGUGAUGAGACCGAGGUGAUGUUCACUGAGCAGUGCAAAGCGGCUGUGGUCCGUGAGACGCUCAGUGAGACUGGAAACUAUUUUGGAAACACUCACCUGGACACCCACCAGGCCAUGGCCCGUGAUGUCAUCACACAGUGCAAAGAUGAUGAACCUGAGGUCUCUGAAGCACCGGUCAGUGAAGGGAUGGAGGAAGAAUGUGUAUAGGACACAAGAAUGACCUCUGAUCUCACCAGGACGAUAACCUUCAGCAUCAGGUUCAUCAGGAAUAAUGAUGAAUCUUCACUUUAUUUCCUCUUCUAUUUCUGCACUAAGAAUCUUCAAGCAAUCCCAGAAUGCACCUCUUUCCCUCUUUCUUUCUUUACUUUCUGUUUUACAGGUCUUCCUUCUUCGAUGUUGUUUGUUCACAUCCUCUUGGAGCACAUGUUCAAUUCAUCAUUUCUUUCUCAUGUUGUUAGCUGUGUUUAUUUAUUUAUUUAUUUAUUGGGCGGAUGUAAAAAAAUGUUAAAGACAUGACAGUGGCGCUCGCUGAUGAUGUCAUCAUUAAAAAAGGAACAGAACAAGCAACAACCUAGCCCUUUUGAUCUCUAGCUUUUUAUGGUUAGCUACUCUAAUGACAGCUUCUCGCUGUAAUGCUAACCAGCUAGCAUAUUUAUUACCUCAUGGAUGUUUGCGCUAACUAGCUGUUUGGGACAAACUAUCACUGGUUAAAGGCUUAUUGAAUCACUUGCUAGCUAGUUUUAGUGAACAGGUAGCCCGUGUUUAAUUGAUUAAAUGAGCUUGUUUAAUCGGAUGCCGACCAUGAUGUAGCGACACAACGUCCUCACGGAGAAACGUUCAGGAUGUUUUUUCAUUCUUCCUUUAUAAAUUAAAGUAAAAAUAUUGAUGUCAAAAUUACAUUGUAACAAUGCUGCGUGCUGUUAUUUAUAAAAACUCAGCUAAUCGAGUUCCUGCGUCUUGCUUGAUCACUCAGUACCAUCAUAAUGCUAAUCUGUAUAUAAUCACAUUAACUACUGCAAGUGAAAUUAGCAUUAGCAUGAUUAGCACUAGUCAUCUAAUAAGAACUUAUAUUCAUGGUAUUUAAACUCACCUGUCUGUCUGUCUGCUGUUCAUGUCUCACUGUCUGUGUUUGUUGUAGUGUUCCCAUGGCUUGUGUACUUCACUCCCUGUCUUAAUGCUGAUUACGACACAGCCUUGUCCCCUUGACCUUCACUAAUCAGAAGUGGACUAGUGGACGUGCAACUGUAUUGUAACAGGGCAAAAAGAGUUUGUUUUAAAAAUGUAGCAAAUAUGAAACUGUGUUUGUGACAUCAUAAUGACUUAUUUUGUUCACCUAAUCUCUAAGCAAGAAGACCAAUCAGUGUGUGUGUGAGUGUGUGUGUGUGUGUGACUUUAACCUGCUGCUGUGUUUCACUGUGAUUCUCAGUAACACCUGAUUUAUUAGAAUUCUAAUAUAAAUUCUAUAAACAGCAUGUGUUCUAGUUUAUUAUAGAGCAUUAACCACUCUACAACACCUGUAUGUGUGUGUGUGUGUGUGUGUGUGCAGCUAAAAUUAAAAUGUUUAUCAGAG